AUGAAGUACUCCGCUGUUGCUUCUUUCGCCACCUUGGGUCUUGCUACCUUUGCCAACGCUGCUUCUCAAAACUUCGACAUCAUCACCAUCAAGUCCGGUUCUGACUUCCAGUAUUCCACUGUUGGUGUUAACGGUGAUACCGUUGAGAUUGUCCAAGGCAACGGCUUGGAAGGUGCGGUCCAGGACGACGGUACCUUGAAGUUGAGCGAUGGGUCUUUUAUCGUUAUCAAGGACGGGAAGCUCACCACGGGUAAGAAAGGUACCGAUGGUUUUGCCAUCUACCAGGGUUACGUCACUCACGGCGAUGACCCUUUCUAUGUUUGUCCAAACGCCGCCUUCGCCAUUGAGACUACUCAGUGUACCAACGGUACCUCUGUUGCCUUGAAGGCCCUUAAAGUUGGUUCCACAUCUGCCCAGUCUGUUCCAGACUUUACCCCUGGCUCUGGUUCUAUCUCUUCUUCCUCUUCCUCUUCUUCUUCUUCCGGCUCUUCCUCUUCCGGCUCUUCCUCUUCCGGCUCUUCCUCUUCCAACUCCACCGUUGUCACUCAGAGCCUUGAAUCCACUACCCUUGCCACCAUCACCUCUUGUGCAUCCGGUGUCACUGACUGCCCAGCCAACUCUGCCAGCUCUGCCAGCGCUUCCAUCUCUGUCUCCACCUUGACUGGUGCCGCCAAUUUGUUGAAUGGUGGUUACGCCGCUGCUGCCCUUGCCGCUGCCCUCAUCUUGGCGUAG